UAGCAGCCAUGGCAGAGCGGAGGGAGCAGCUCCAGCCGCCGGAGAAGAAAGAGGAGGAAGUGCCCGAUUACUUCGCGGCCCUCGGCACCGCCAGCCCCAAGCCCCGGCAGAAGUACGGAGGGAUGUUUUGCAACGUGGAGGGCGCCUUCGAAAACAAGACGCUGGACUUCGAAUCGCUCGGCGGAGGGAGGCGAGGGAGCAGCAACCAGAAGCUCAGUCGAGGGGACCUCAGCCAGCUCUCCAGCGGGUCGGAGGGGCAGAGCGAAGCCAGCAGCGGGAGCCAAAAUACCCCGGUCCUCACACCCGCGAGGCCGCCGUCAGUUGGAGUAGCAGAGGAAUUGCCCAAUGGCUGCCAUCAGAGUGACCGGCUGCUCAUCAAAGGAGGAAAGAUUGUCAACGAUGAUCAGUCAUUUUAUGCAGAUAUCUAUGUGGAAGAUGGCUUGAUUAAACAAAUUGGGGAAAAUCUGGUUGUUCCUGGUGGUGUGAAAGUGGUUGACGCUUACGGCCAGCUAGUUAUGCCAGGUGGGAUAGAUGUCCACACUAGGCUGCAGAUGCCAGUGUUGGGAAUGACCUCUGCUGAUGACUUCUAUCAAGGAACCAAAGCAGCUCUGGCAGGAGGGACCACCAUGAUUCUUGACCAUGUGUUCCCUGAAUCUGGGUCAAACCUUCUGACCGCCUAUGACCAGUGGAGGGAGUGUGCUGACAGCAAAGCAUGUUGUGAUUAUUCUCUGCAUAUUGACAUCACACGCUGGCAUGAGAGCAUCAAAGAAGAGCUGGAGGCUCUCGUCAAAGACAAAGGUGUGAACUCCUUUCUUGUUUUCAUGGCUUAUAAAGACAAACUCCAGUGCACUGAUGCUCAGAUGUAUGAGAUAUUCAGUAUUAUUCGAGAUCUGGGCGCCAUUGCCCAAGUACAUGCUGAAAACGGAGACAUCAUUGAUGAGGAACAAAAAAGACUUUUGGAGCUGGGGAUUACUGGUCCAGAGGGUCACGUUCUCAGUCAUCCAGAAGAGGUUGAAACGGAGGCCGUGUUCCGUGCCAUUACAAUAGCGAAACAAGCCAAUUGCCCCUUAUAUGUCACAAAAGUCAUGAGCAAAGGGGCUGCCGAUGUCAUCGCUCAAGCCAAGAGAAAAGGCACAGUUGUGUAUGGAGAGCCAAUUACAGCCAGUCUUGCUACAGAUGGCUCUCAUUAUUGGAGCAAGAACUGGGCCAAGGCUGCUGCCUUUGUGACAUCUCCUCCCAUUAGCCCAGAUCCUACAACACCCGAUCAUCUCAGUUCCCUGUUAGCGUGUGGGGAUCUUCAAGUGGUUGGCAGUGCUCACUGCACCUUCACCACAGCGCAGAAGGCCGUCGGAAAGGAUAACUUCACCCUCAUCCCAGAAGGAACAAAUGGCAUUGAAGAACGAAUGUCGGUCAUUUGGGAAAAGUGCGUGGCAACAGGGAAGAUGGACGAAAAUGAAUUUGUAGCAGUGACCAGUACAAAUUCAGCAAAGAUUUUCAACUUCUACCCCAGGAAGGGACGGGUUGCUCUGGGUUCCGAUGCUGAUUUGGUGAUUUGGAACCCAAAAGCUACAAAGAUCAUCUCUGCAAAAACUCACAACUUGAAUGUAGAGUACAACAUAUUCGAAGGAACAGAAUGUCACGGUGUCCCUACGGUGGUGAUAAGCCAAGGGAAGGUCGUGCUGGAAGAUGGGAACCUCUUUGUCACCCAGGGAGUCGGCCGUUUCAUCCCUCGCAAGACGUUCCCUGAUUUUGUUUACAAAAGGAUAAAAGCAAGAAACAGGCUUGCAGAAAUUCAUGGUGUUCCUCGUGGGCUUUAUGAUGGACCAGUUCACGAUGUCAUAGUAACUGCUAAAGCUGUGGCCCCAACUCCUACCUCAAGAAUAGCUACCUGUUCAGGCAAAAUACAGGUUCCUCCCAUCCGUAACCUACAUCAAUCAGGCUUCAGCCUGUCUGGAUCUCAAGCCGAUGACCAUGUUGCAAGACGUACUGCACAGAAAAUUAUUGCUCCCCCCGGUGGACGCUCCAAUAUUACAUCUCUGUCAUAAUGAUUCAAUAUUUGAUCCAUAUGCAGACAUAACUGUGAUUAGAUCUGACUGGGCAUGAUCAGGCACAUUCAGGCUGCAGUCCUACACCCAUUUACUUGAGUGUAAGCCCCAUUGAACUUGAUGAGAGUUACUUUGGAGUCGAUGUGUGUAGGAGUGCACUGUCAGAAACACUUAUAAGUCCCAUUGCUUGAAUCAUAGCCUACUGAUAUCAGUGGGACUUGCCCUCUUUCCCCCCUGUUGGGGCAGAUAGUUUGUAGAAGUGUGUUUAACAUUCCUUUGAAAUUUAAAGACUCUGCCUUGCCUUCACUCCCCAAGCACCUCUUGCAUUACAAACGGCAAUCACUGAGUCCGUGAUCCUUAAGAAGAACCUUUUUAAAAGUGACCAUGUGGCUAUUUAACACUGCCAAAUUAAAGGGCUUGGAUGGGAGUGCACAUCCCAGGAAUAGGAAAACGAUUUGCCUUCUUACUCAGGAUAAAAUUCCCCACCGUUUCUUCUUUCAGUGCACCCCUCCCCAGUGUAUAGAUUUUGUCAACUGUUUUAAAUAUAUCCUCCAAUUUUCAGCAAAUCUCCAGAGACAUGCAUGUAAACGUGUGAACUUCUAGUGAAGUACUUUUAAAUUCUGUUCAGCUGAACUGCUAGUUGUGUGCUAAGUUACCAAGGCAUACCUGAAUACAUAUUUCAGUUUUGAGGCUUUCUAUCAAUAAUUUCUGCUCUUUCUACAAAAAAUAGUUUUUACUGGGAAGGAAUCAUUGUGCUAUUUUAACACAAGCAGCUUAUUUCUAUAUUUGCUUUCCUUUUUCUUUUGUACUGACAACAUGGAAUACUCCCCUACCUUGCUCCUGUGCAGACAUAAUGCUUAACCUGGAUUUGUUUUGACCAUGCUUAAGGACUGGCCACAAACUAGGAAGUGAAAGCAAAAUUUGAGAUGGGUUUUCAAACCAUGGUUUGAAUCAACCACAGUUGUAUGAUCAUUCCCAUGUCAAACAAACCAUGGUUGAGAGCAUUCUCCCAUCUUUACAACACCUCUGCUUGCAAGGUUGACAAGCAGGUUUCACUGAUAUCUCUCCAUACUUCCCCUUAGCUCACUGAGUCACAGGUUCACUGUGGGAUCUUAAGCAGAAUUAAGGCAACAAACCAUAGUUAGGUGUUAUGUCUACAUGGGCCCUUGUGAGCCUCAAACUCACUGCCAACAUCUUCCUGACCCAUAGGACUUUUUCAUCUAGUAGAUUGCCCUAUGGAGAUCACUGCUCUAAAUUUUAUAGCUGCAAUUUCACCAGUAACCAUAGAUCAAGCCACAAAUGGCUUAUGACUGACAUUGAUUGAAAAUGUCUAUAAGAUCUCAUUGGUAGAUCCUUGAACAUAAUUUUAGGAACCAUUGUCACUCAGUAUCGUUGUGGCAGCAUGGAUAUAAGAAAUACAAGUGUGGUCUGAUUGUUCAUGAAAUUAGGUGUCAUAGUGUCACUUUAGAACUGGUAUAAAACAUGCAUCUAGACUUUGAAAUAAUAAUAAUAAUAAGAUAGCUGAAUUUCUGGAACCUGGACACAAUUGUGUAAGUGCAAGUGUGUUUUUAGUCUUCUAUUGUUAGUCUUGGAUUUUUUAAAAAACAAAUUAUUUAUCCAGGUGGUUUUUUCCAAGUACCAAGUGUAGACCACCUUCUAAACCAGAAAAUAGGUGUAUCUGGAGGUCAGCAGCACACCGUGAACUUUUUAUAAAACUUAUAACAGGUUUAUUAUAUUUAAAGCUAUGUACAGCAAAAGUGAUCUUCUUUUUCCAUAUCAUUCCAUAAAACUAUGCUUGUGACUCGUUUACACAAAACGACUUGUUUUUGUUCAGUUUUGUUAUUUACAUUCAAUAAAGUUUCUUCGAAAUCA